AGAGAGCAGAAAAUGAGCGGUGGCGCGAGCGGGAGCGCGAGUGCGAGGGCGGUGAGGCUCUUCGACGCCCACUGCCACCUCCAAGAUCGCCGGAUCUCCGCGGCCUCCGUCCCUCAACUCAUCCGCACCUCCCUCGACUCCGGCGUCCUCCGGUUCGCCGUCAACGGCCUCUCAGAGAAGGAUUGGCAUCUCGUGAAGCAGAUGGGAGAGGAGUAUCCGAGCGUCAUUCCUAAUUUUGGACUUCAUCCUUGGUAUAUUACUGAGAGAUCGGCAAACUGGUUGGAUUCGUUGAAGGAAUUCUUGAAGACAACUCCUGCUGCUGCUAUUGGCGAGACUGGUCUGGAUAAAGGGUCAAAAGGAAAGAAAAUUGAAUUCUCUGAACAGAUUGAUGUGUUUCGGAAACAACUUGAACUUGGGAUGGAAUUAGAGAGACCAGUUUCCAUCCACUGUGUACGUGCUUUUGGUGACCUUCUAGAAGUACUGAAAGACACAGGACCUUUCCCAGCUGGUGUAAUUCUACAUUCAUAUCUAGGAUCUGCUGAAAUGGUUUCUCCACUUUCUAACCUUGGUGCUUACUUUUCCUUUUCUGGGUAUCUCACAUCUAUGAAAUCAACAAAAGCAAAGAAAAUGCUUAAAGCGGUACCUAUGGAUAGAAUUUUGUUGGAGACAGAUGCCCCAGAUGGAUGCCCAAAGUUGGAAACAGAUUCUUUGCUAACUCUUCCUAUGGAAGAAUCUAUUUCUCAGGAACGGCAAGGGGAUUCAGCUUCUGAUGCAUCUCCUUCACCAAAAGAGGAACUGAACCAUCCUGCUAACAUUCGUACGGUACGUUGCUUUGGUUGUUUGUAUAUUUCUUUUAACUUUGCAUUCUUUGUCCGUAAUUUACUAGUGACAUUGCUGCCGUUGUUUUACUAUUUCUGUAUCAUUUACAAACUUGCUGGUUAG